GUGGUUUGGCGAGCUUUAGGGGUAUCUUUGGACUGGGACUGAUUGAAGAAUUCACUUUCUUCUUCCUUCUUCUUGUUGUGAACUUGUAAAGAGGUUUGAACAAGGAUCAAGAGAAACAGGCAAAAACUGCAAAGACUCUCAGUUGAGCUGAAUUCAAUCAACUCCAAGAAUCAAUUUGAAGCAAAAAGAUUGAUUUGGUCCCCUACACAAUACAGGUUAAGACAGAUUGUUACAGAUUGUGGUGCGAUAGGAAUUAGGAUGGGGACAAGGUCCCAGCAACCGAGCCGAGAGCGAGCAGACGUCGACGACGACAUGGCGGGUCAGUCGGUGUCGAUGAGCGGCAGCGUGGGCUCGCCCUCCAGCCGCAGUGAGCAGACCAUGGCCACACCCGCCGGCGACACCAAUUUUCUCAGGUUGAACCAUCCCGACGUUCACGGCGACGAUGCUGGCUCCCAAGGCGCCGUUGGUAGCAAGAAGAAAAAGAGAGGCCAACGGGCUGUAGCAGGCGAUAAGAGUGGAAGAGGACUACGCCAAUUUAGCAUGAAAGUGUGUGAGAAAGUGGAGAGCAAGGGAAGAACCACUUAUAAUGAGGUUGCGGAUGAACUUGUAGCAGAGUUCGCUGACCCUAGCAAUGGUGUUACAUCCCCUGAUCAGCAACAAUAUGACGAGAAAAACAUCAGGCGAAGAGUAUAUGAUGCCCUGAAUGUUCUUAUGGCAAUGGAUAUUAUAUCCAAAGAUAAAAAAGAAAUACAAUGGAAGGGUUUGCCUCGUACAAGCCUGAAUGAUAUUGAAGAACUGAAGACUGAGCGCCUGGGACUGAGGAAUAGGAUUGAAAAGAAAGCGUCAUAUCUGCAAGAGCUGGAGGAACAAUACGUAGGCCUUCAAAACCUGAUACAACGGAAUGAGCAAUUAUACCACUCUGGAGAUGCGCUCAGCGGGGGUGUGGCUUUACCUUUCAUUCUUGUGCAGACUCGCCCUCAUGCAACUGUUGAGGUGGAAAUAUCAGAAGAUAUGCAGCUGGUGCAUUUUGACUUCAAUAGCACCCCAUUUGAGCUCCAUGAUGACAAUUAUGUUUUGAAGGCAAUGAAAUUUUGUGAAAGGCCACAGGCUGAUGACGGGACACAAAAUUUAACUGCAGAUGGAGGGGAAGGUUGUAGCAUGUCCAGCAUGUAUCAGCCACAGAUCUCUCUUCCUUCGAUGUUAAACACACCAGUUAGGCCUCCCACCUCGCCGCCUAUUCCCGGAAUACUAAAAGCACGUGUGAAGCAUGAGCACCAUGGACAAUAAUGUUAGCGUCUGUAUAUUGUGGAGAGUAGUUUGCCGGAAGUUAAUAGGUCCCUCACCUCAUGUUUACCGUCCGUCGUUAGAUAUUGUCGUAAGUUGGAUGUAGUUUAGGUUAUAAGCACAUGAGUCUUGUUGGUUGCUUUGAUACUUGGGGGAGGAGGUUGGCUAUGACAAAUGUUUUGCUGUGCAUGUCCAAUGUGUGCUAUUGUAAUUUUCAUCCCAAUUCUUUUUUUGAUUUUUCGGUUUUUAGGGGCCUCCGUUGUAGUAGAAAUCAAAGUGGAUUAUGUAGUGUGAAGAGAAUUGUCCAACUACAAAUAGAAUCAUACAAUCAAUUCGACAGUUUCUUCUGUA